AUGGCUGGAAGACAGUCAAGGAGGCUUUUGAAGCCUCUCUUGUAUACGGUCGCCGCAAUUGCGGGUGCCGGCGGUGUUCUUUAUAUAUCCUACCGACCACGGAACAUACCAGGCUCCGAUCCAGCCGCUGUGCCACCUCCCCGCUAUGGUGAAGAUGGGAAACUCCUACCUCCCCAGUUCCCUCCUAUAAAAAGUCGAGACGAACAGAUUCGUGAUUUGAAGCGCAGCUCGACGGAAAAUACUCUGGAUGCAGUCAAAGAAAAGUUGGACGACGGAGUUUUUGGCGCUCGGGGUAACAAUACGGUAGCCGUACGCAAUGAUGAGUCAUACGACCUCCUCGUCAUUGGUGCCGGAGCAACUGGAUCUGGCAUUGCGCUUGACGCGGCCACGCGUGGAUUGAAAGUUGCCGUUGUAGAACGUGAUGAUUUCAGCGCCGGCACAAGUAGUAAAAGCACGAAGCUUGUCCAUGGGGGCGUUCGUUACCUGGAGAAGGCUGUUUGGGAGCUUGAUUACAACCAGUAUUCAUUGGUCAAAGAGGCACUGCGCGAAAGGAAAUAUUUCCUUCAUACAGCCCCCCAUCUUUCAAUGUGGCUGCCUAUCAUGCUCCCCGUGCAAAAGUGGUGGCAAGUGCCUUACUUUUGGGCUGGCACAAAGUUUUAUGAUAUUUUAGCGGGCUCUGAAGGAAUUGAAAGCUCCUAUUUUUUGCCCAAAAGCAAGGCAGUGGAUGCUUUCCCGAUGCUGAAGAAGGAUAACCUCUUUGGUGCUUUGGUUUACUAUGAUGGGGCACAUAAUGAUUCCCGUAUGAAUGUAUCUUUGGCUAUGACAGCCGCCAUAUAUGGGUGCACUGUGGUAAAUCAUCUGGAGGUAACCAGCUUAACAAAAGAUGAAAAUGGAAAGCUUACAGGAGCACGGGUAAAAGACGUUAUUGCUGAGAAAGACGGUCAAACUGAGGAGUUCACUGUCAGGGCUAAGGGCGUCAUAAAUGCCACAGGACCCUUUACGGAUUCUAUUCGAAGGAUGGAUGAUCCCAGCAUUGCCGAGAUCGUUGCGCCCAGUUCCGGAGCUCAUGUAAUCCUGCCUGGUUACUAUAGUCCCGCAAAAAUGGGACUCAUCGACCCAGCUACUUCUGAUGGCAGAGUUAUUUUCUUUUUACCUUGGCAGGGGAACACGAUUGCAGGCACCACGGAUAGUCCAACAACAAUAACGCCCCAGCCAAUACCUUCAGAAGACGACAUCAAUUGGAUCCUAUCAGAAAUCCGGGGAUAUUUGGCUCCAGAUAUCACCGUUCGACGGGACGAUGUCCUCGCUGCUUGGUCUGGCAUCCGUCCGUUGGUGCGCGAUCCCAAGGCCAAAAAUACAGAGUCUCUUGUUCGAAGCCAUUUGGUUUCAGUAUCGAAAUCUGGCUUGUUAACCUGUGCGGGUGGAAAAUGGACCACAUACCGCCAGAUGGCAGAAGAAGCGGUGGACGAAGCCAUCAAGCAAUUCAACCUUCACCCCCAGGGCCUUGCGACAAUCCCGGAUAUCAGCGGUACAGGUUUCCAUGUCGAUCAAGCAGUUCUCGACGGCUCCUGUCAGACACAUCAAGUCCGCCUCAUAGGUGCUCACGGCUACUCAAAGACACUAUUCAUCAACCUUAUACAGCACUUUGGAUUGGCUACUGACGUUGCUCAACACCUGACGGAAUCUUACGGCGAUCGUGCUUGGGAAGUAGCAGCUAUGUCAUCGCCGACACAGAUUCGAUUCCCCCUUUGUGGAGUUCGCAUUUCUCCUCUUUAUCCAUUCAUAGACGGGGAAAUUCGAUUUGCGGUGCGACGUGAAUACGCACAAACGGCAGUGGAUGUUCUUGCCAGAAGAACCAGAUUGGCUUUCCUUAAUGCUCGCGCUGCUCUUGAAGCCCUUCCUACUGUCGUAGACAUAAUGGCAGAAGAGCUUGCGUGGGACGAGAAGCGCAAGAACCUCGAAUGGAGCGAGGCAGUUCAGUUCCUGCUUUCCAUGGGCCUCCCUAAAUCGCGCGCUGGGGUGACAAGAAAAGACGUGGAAAGGGGCAGGUCGGCAGGGUCUAGUUCCACGCAAAACAAUACCGCUCCCAAUGCGAUCCAGAUGGACCAGAGUCUCCCGCAGUAG